AUGAAUGAUGAUGCCUUGGCCGAAGAGUACGUAGGAGGCACUGUCUUUCAAGCCUUUCUUGAUACUGCCAACUACCAUCGCUGGCAUGCACCAGUUGCUGGUACAAUAACCAAGGCAUACAUCAAGGAAGGCGCGUAUUAUGCAAAAGCUCUCUCGGUGGGUUAUGAUCCAACAGCCAAUACAUAUUCACAACGUUAUCUCAGUCACGUGGAUACCCGAGCGAUAAUCCACAUUGACACAGGGAAACCAGAAAUUGGUACCGUGAUCUUUGUCGCAAUUGGAAUGGCUGAGAUCUCAAGUUGUCCUCUUGAGGUCUAUUAUGGGCAAGAAGUGAAGAAAGGUGAUCCUCUAGGCACCUUCCAAUUUGGUGGAUCUUCGUAUUGCCUCCUGUUUAAGAAAGGCGUGAGCCUGAGCUUCACAGCAGAGGAUUACCCAAUACAACUCUGGAGCAAAUUGCUGCAGAAGGUCAACAGUGAUCUCGGCAGA